UCGGCUUCCUCCAUUCAACCCCUCCUUUUCCCCCCUUCUCCCCUGCAGACCGGGGCGGUGGAGGCCUCCCCUAUCCAUGUCAGGGAACAACCGCUCGCUCCCUCCGCACCACCACGCGCGUUGGCAGGUACUCUGCCAUUGCUCUCUCUGAAGAAAGAAACAGAACCAAAUCAAGGUCCAGGGACGUGGAUCUGCCACUGCCAUUGCUCUUGGGGAGCCCCCAGAUUUUGAUUGGAGUCUAGUCUACCCAUUAAUCUCGUACAUUUCCCAUCGCUAAAUUUUCAUCAAAAAGGCUUUAGCUUAUUUGUGGGAAGCGAGACUCCAAAAUCCAAGCAGAAGAGGAAGAAUCCAAGCAAGGGUGUCACGCGCACACGUCACCGCGUAGCGGGGCCCCACAUCGCCGCCGCCGCCGCUACUGCCUCUUCUUCCUCCACCCAGGAACCAGAAAUAAAUCAUAUAGUUUUCAUCUCAUGGUACUCUUGUGAUGGCCAACAUUUCAAUGGGAAGUAAUGCUCCUUCAUGCAAUGCUUACCUGCUCUUCUAUGCUGAAAAAAUGCUUCCAAAUGGUGUUCGUGCUUUCGCUUAUACUGUUGCCCUUGGGUACUGUUUUAUUGGUUUAUCUGCGAUCACUGCCCGGUUCUUCAAGUCUAUGGAGAGCAUCACAAACCACUCUCGAGAGGUAGUCACAAUUGAUCCACACACGAAUACUCCGAUCGUGAAGCAUGAAAAGGUUUGGAACUACACUAUAGCGGACAUUGCUCUGCUUGCUUUUGGUACCAGCUUUCCCCAGAUCUCUCUGGCAACAAUCGAUGCAAUCCGUAAUCUGGGUCAACUGACGGCUGGAGGUCUAGGUCCGGGUACACUUGUCGGUUCUGCUGCAUUUGAUCUGUUCCCGAUCCAUGCCGUUUGUGUAAUCAUGCCAAGGGCGGGCUCUAUGAAAAAGAUUUCUGAUUUAGGUGUUUGGUUAGUUGAGUUGUUUUGGUCAUUCUGGGCUUACAUUUGGCUUUAUAUUAUAUUAGAGGUAUGGACGCCUAAUGUGAUUACCCUCUGGGAGGCCUUAUUAACAGUCUUGCAGUAUGGAUUACUUCUGGUUCAUGCAUAUGCGCAGGAUAAGCGGUGGCCAUAUGUGUCAAUCCCUUUAGUAAGAGGUGAGAGACCUGAAGAUUGGGUUCCUGCAGAGGAUACUUCAGUUGAUCACGACAAAAACUGUGGUGAAAGUAGUGAGAUACUCCCUAGAGAGAAUGAGGAUAUCGUUGAUAUAUUCUCCAUGCAUUCUUAUAAUAAUACAGGGUAUCAUCAUGUUCCAGAAAAGGAUAUAGAAGAAUCAUCAAAAACGACUCUUGUAGUGAAGAACACACAAGAGGAUACUUGCUGGCUUUCCAUUUGGCGGCAACAGUUUGUUGAUGCUCUAAUGUUGGAGAGUCCUGAGCAAAGAAAGAUGGAUUCCAUCUGCCUGAGAUUCAUCAUAAUAUUUUGGAACUCAAUCAUUGCUCCUUGGAAAUUAUUGUUUGCUUUCGUGCCCCCAUAUCAAAUCGCACAUGGUUGGAUCGCCUUUAUCUGCUCCCUGAUCUUCAUAAGUGGUAUUGCCUAUGGUGUUACCAAGAUUACAGAUCAGAUAAGCUGUGUCACAGGAGUAAACCUAUAUGUUAUAGCAUUCACAGCACUGGCUGCUGGAACCUCGUGGCCGGAUCUGGUCGCUAGCAAGAUAGCUGCUGAGCGUCAAGUCACCGCAGAUUCUGCAAUUGCCAACAUCACUUGCAGCAAUUCGGUGAACAUAUAUGUUGGCAUUGGUGUUCCGUGGUUGAUUGACACAGUUUACAACUACUUUGUCUACCAAGAACCACUGUACAUAGAUAAUGCUGCUGGUCUCAGCUUCUCCCUUCUGGUCUUCUUCGCAACAUCGUUUGGAUGUAUCACGGUGUUGGUUCUUCGCCGAAUUGUACUUGGUGCAGAGCUUGGGGGCCCUAGGCUGUGGGCGUGGGUGACAUCAACCUACUUCAUGGUCCUUUGGGUUGUUUUUGUUGUACUCUCUUCUUUAAGAGUUUCUGGAGUAAUAUAGAUUGCAAUACAAAGAAAAUAGCCGGUUCUUCUUCAAAAGAAGAAAAACAGUCUUUACAUGGGAAACACACAUGCUAGCUACAGUUAGCAUCAUCCAAUCUGCAUUGUAGAUACAUUCUUCUGUAUUGUUAUUUAUUUAAGUUGGAAAUCGCUGUGCUGUAUACUUGUAUAGAUACAAUUGAAGUGUUUGCACCAAAACAGAUUGGAGUACAUAUAAUUACUGGAGCCUGGAACAACAUCUUGA